CACCGCUAGGUGGCAGUGAAAAUUGGCGUCUUGUCAUUGUCAGUGAAUGUUUUGUCUGCAUUUUUGGUAAUUUUUGUGGUUUUUGUGGAUAUUUCUGCUGAAAAAGUAGCUCAAUCGACGCCACAAGAGUCCUAGAAGGUUUUUGGCACAAUGGAUAAGAAGCGUGUGACGCGAGGUUCAUCGGAUACUCAAUCGAAAAAGGCGCCGAGAUUCAGUUCGAAGAAGCGAUCACCAUCUCCGGAGGUUGUUCGGAAGUAUGUGACCAGGAGGUCUCCAACAGGAAAGAGAUCACAGUCUCCGAGGGAUGCAAAGGCUAGGAAGGAGUCAAAGUCUCCGAGGAGGGAUGAGAAGAAGCGACCGAAGAAGGAGGAGGGUGGCAAGCGGGAUUCAUCUCCGUCGGCAUCGCCCAAAGUGGGACGGAGGAAGGGUCAACCGUCGCCGAGAGAUAAAUUGGAACUGAAGGCAUCAGGAUCGACAUCUUCAGUGACAACACAAUCAACGAGUAAAACACUGAAUCUGUCGAGGGGACACGAUGAUGCUGAUUUGAAGGCGGCCAAAGUGGUUACUGCGAGGCUGUCUCAGGAGCCCCGGACACUUACGCCAGCUUCUGAGCUCAGCCGCCGCAGUGUCAGUCGUUCAGUGAGUCAGAGUGUUGAUCGUUUUUCCCAUGCGGAAUUUUCCGAUAAUGAAAAUGACGAGAGGAGCUACGAUUUUGGAAAUGAUCUUGCCACAUCGUACAUUCAGAGGGGCAAAAAUCUACUCUCCAAGGAUAAAUUGGUGGCUGCUGGCAAUGUUGGAGCUGCAGUCUAUCUUGUAUUUGUCCCUCUGCUCACUCUAGCUCUCACCUAUCUCUGCCUGACCCGUGGAUGUCCCCUCAAAAUGCCCAACUGGACACAAUUCCAGAAACUCGAAACUUUCGUCAAUUACGAACUUGCUGGACUUUUUGUCUCAUUCACCGUUCUCGUGGCUCUCCUGGGAUCAUUCCCAUUGGGCAGAAUUGUCAAUAUCUAUACGGAUCGCGGAGAGAAUCUCUACUACUUCAACGGAUUGGCAACUGGAUUGAUUGUGGCCGUUGCAAUGGGAACAGCUGAAUUUCUCAAAUUCCCCAUCGUUGAUCUCGUCUACAAGAACACCUUCCAACUCUGUCUCCUGUCCAUUCUCAAUGGUCUCUCCCUGGCCACUUGCCUGCAUCUCCGUGCCAAGAGAACACCCGAAUAUCUCUGGAAUCCUCAAGCCAAAACCGGAAAGAAACUCGUUGACUUCUUCCUGGGCAGAGAAAUUACUCCACUCUGGUUCAAUCGCAUCGACAUCAAACUCGUUCAGAAUCGCAUUUCCACCCUCCUGGCGCUCACUCUCACGGGGAUUUGCUUUUACAAAAGUGUCCACCUUGUGCCCAAGAAGAAGGUACUCGAGGGCGCCGCAGAAGUGACUUUCCUAGAGGAAGUUCUGGCCUUUGUGGAGACAGUUCGCUUCAAUGAGGCCAGUGCAGUGGUCUCAGGACUCUUGGUCCUCUACCUCUUGGAUCUCCUUCUGCAUGAGCAUCACCUGACGAGCUCCUUUGAUCUUCAGUAUGAAGGCGUUGGAGGACUUUUGCUGACAAGAUACGCCACUUUCCCCUUCCUGAUCUCCGUCCUGCCAAAGUUUGUCCUCGAACAGAGGAUGGUUAAUCCACCGCGAUGGGUUCUUGCCAUAUCAGCUGUGCUCUUCCUGGCUGGCGUUGUGCUGAAGAGGGCCAGCAAUAAGCUCAAAUACGAAUACAGAUUGAAUCCACUCAACGCUAAAUUCGAUGACAUCGGUACAAUCCCUACCCACCAAAACAAACGCCUGAUCGUGUCUGGAUUGUGGGGAGUUGUUCGCCAUCCCAAUUAUCUGGGCGAAAUUGUCUCCCUGCUGUCACUCUUGCCAGUGCUCUACCUCAAAUUCUCCUGGGUCCCACUCGUUGCUGUUCUCUACCUUGUGCUCUUCUUCUGCCAUCGAGCUGUUCGUGUUGAUGAUCGCAACAGGAAUCGCUACAUCUCAGCCUGGACGCGAUACACAAGCCUCGUGCCCAAACUACUCGUCCCCAAGGUGUUUUAAUUGCAGAACAGCAUCAUCUUUGCACAAGAAAUUUUUUUAAAAAAAUUUCUUGAUUAAAUUCUCGAAUGAGGAGUAAGUUUAAAUUCGUCGUUUUUUUUUGGCUAAAUUGGAUCCGGGUCGGAUUGGCGCUUUCAAUUUUUAAUUUUUAAAAAAUUAUGAUUUUUUUAAUUAUUACAAUUUUAAUGUUAGUAUCUGAGGCUCAACACAAUUAACAAACAAAAAAUAAAUAAAUAAAAAAGAAUUUUUAAUUUAAAGAAAAACACUCACUAAAAGAAAUUAUUUUUAGCCAUAGGGAACUUUUUUUAAAUGUAUUUUACGCAUUUUUUUUAUUUUUAAUCCGGCCUUGGCUUUAAAUGAUUUUUUUUUAUCAUGAAACAGAUUAAGAAAUUAUUAAUAGAAAAUGUACGUAAGGUGAAGAAAACAAAACUAGUGUAAUAUUUCUCAAUGUAGGAUAAAAAAUAAAAAAAGAAGAAAAUGGGUGAAAGAUACAUAAAAA